CCUUCGGCCACGUGCCCAUUCCGGGCAGCCCGGGAAGUUGGGGCAGCACUUCCUCCCCUCGCCCUUAAGCCGGCGGGCCAACCGUCACUCCCGGAUAACGGAGGAGACGACAAAGAGAAAGAGGCGGACCGAUACGCCGGCUUCCCUCCCACCCCUCCGGAACGCCACUAAUCGUCGCCACUCGCCGUCUCUCGAUCCAAAUCCCUAAAUUCCAACCCUAAUCUUAGAAUUCUCUUUUCUUCCCCGUUUCUCACAUCUGGUGGAACCGAAAUCGUCUCCUAAAUCUUCGGGAAGCGAUGAGAGCGAGAUGGAAGCGGAGCGCCCACUUCCUCUGUUUCGGCGCCGUCGAUCCGGCGGAGGAGGAGGCGGCGGUGAAGACGAGAGAUAGCUCCGCCGGAUCCUGCGGGAGGAUCGAGAUCCUUGGGACGGAGGCCCGUCGCCACAGGCGGCGUCUCGCGAAGAUCUUCAGAUCGGCGAUGUUUGUUUCCGCUCUGAAUCGAAGCAAGGAAGAAGGGAAGCAUUCGGACUGCUCGGCGGCGCGAAAGGCCUCCGUCGAUAAACGGGCGGCGGAAUGGAGCGAGAAGUUUUCAUACGGCGACGACCGGACGGCAGACGCGAUCUUUUCCUCGUCCUCGUGGACGUCGUCUUCCACCUCCUCCUCUUCUUGCUUGUCCUCGGCGUCCUCUUCCUGGUUCCGAGAGCCGGAGCCGAAACCGAAGCCGGAGUUCCGGCAGAAGAGGGCGUCGCCGAUGGCUGAAUCGAGGAAUCACCCGCCACCGGCGCGGGGGCCGGCCAGGAAUUACGGUUCGGCCACGGGGUUCUUCUUCCUCCUCCUAAGCCUAUCGGUGAUGGUGUUCUGUGGACGCCUCUACGCGAUCCUGUGGACGUCCUCGUGGCUCUGCUUCGUCCCUCCCCGGAACGUCGCGGCGACAGGGUCGCCGGAACUCCGGCGGAAGGGGAUUGAGGAGAUUGAGAAGAAGAGGAUCAUCUUGGAGGGCUUCUUGGAAAGAAAUCGAAGGGUCUGAAAUAAAUAAAUAAAAAUCAAAAAAUGAAAACAAAAUGAAUACUAGAAAUUGUGGAUUUUGGAUAGAAAUUGAAUGCUUGCAGUUAAUUUGGGUUUGCGGGAACGCGUAUGCGAUCAUGGUGCUGUCUUGGGCUUUUCGGCUUACUUUUUUUACGUUUAAAACUCA